AUGGCCUCCGACGAUUCCUCCAUCAAAAUGUACAAGAAUCUUCUCUGGUUAUACCUUGGGUCUACUAUCAUUGCAGUGCCAAUGAUUGUGACCAUAUUGUACCUCUAUCUCCUCCCGUUUCAGAUAGUGAAGUCGACCCAGCUCUGGCGCGACCCAAGACCGCGAGCCUUUGUCCAACUACUGCUUACGACGGCCUUAUCCUUCUUCGUCGCCGGCGCACUUAACCUAUUGUACUAUGCCGAACGUCUCCCACAAAACCCUGGGAGCGAAUCCCCAGUUACUCUGUCACUGGACGUAUGGAUAGUCAUCAUCUUCUUUGCAACGACGAGUCGACAGAUAUCGUUUCCCAUCCUCUACUUGCUGAUGGUAAACGUACUGCAGUCGCGGUGGUAUGCCUUUGUGAAGCACUCCACCGGACACAAGCACGAACGCAGGACAAAAGAAUCCAAGCCGCAACUACCAGAAUUUCUGGGCUGGAGAGGGAAAGAGAAAGCCUCAUUCUUUGUCGCGGGCCUCAUGCUCCUAUUGCCUAUUAUUUCCAACGUUUGUUUGGCAGUUGGACUCAAACAAGUCUCGCAAAGCGGGAUUGCCGUCCUUCUCAGCAUCGACCGAGUAGCGACGGCGCUGGAUGGGGUCAGAGGAGGACUGGUUGCUUUUGCAGUGCUGGAUAUCGGCAUCUCCUCUUUCUUCCUGUCUCGCCGAUUGAAAGCAUCAGACUAUGGAGAUACUAUAACGAGUAUCAUGCUGCAUGCAGUGACUCCUUUACUGUUGCCGCUGGCACUAGAAAAUGUCAUUGCGGCACUUUUCCGUACUAUGGCGUUAUCCGAAAAGACAUUAGCCGCGGUGGACUUCUCAAACUGGGUUGUUACAAACGUUAUCAUCGUCAUUUGCAUGAUCACGUUUUGCGCCUUAUAUUCUACACCUCUGCGGUGGCUACUUACGACCCCAGAUGAAGAGAACAUUCAUCCAACACAUAACGAUUACACUUACGAGACAACUCACGAGCUUUCGACAUUUUCGAGUCGACAAUGA